ACGUGGAGCCUCUUUCACGUGACCACCUCCCCAUCUUUGCAGGAGGCACGUGGGAAAACAAGGAAGCAGCAGAAGAGGAAACAAUGGAGGAAGAGGAAGAGGAAGAGUGGCUUUUCGAGUCUUUGAGGCUAUACAACGACCUUCAUGUGUUUGAGCUUCAGGAUCCCACCAGAGUCAUCGAAUGGACAGGAGAAAAACGUGUCUGUGUUGCUGGAUAUGGAAAUGGAAGAAGGAAUGAGAUCCUCCAGCUCGUUUUGCCUCCAAGGCUGUGUGCCAAGGAGAACCAGGGAUUGUGUCCGGAAAGAGACUUCAAAGUGGAGCACGGCGGGUUUUCGGACCGCCCCGUGUUCAGUCUGAAGCAUGUGCCAGGAACCAGUUUGCUUUUGACAAGCGGACCUCCCGACAGUGCACUGCAGGUUUGGCGCAUGGAGCCGGAUGAGACAGAUGUCAUGAAGCCUUUGGCCAGCAUCCCUACCAGGCCGGGAGUGGAGGACGGCUGGGCAAAGAUGGCCACCACCUCCAGCAAACCCUCCUGGGUCCUCCAUGGGACGAGAACGGACAACGUCCAGGUGACGGACAUCGAAUCCAAGCAGAGCCUCUUCAUGGCAGCCUCCACAAGCAGCGAAGGGAUCUCGACCCUGGCUUUCCUGGACGAAGCCACGGCUCUGGCCUGCAGCACAAAGGGGCAGCUCUUCCGUGCGGACACCCGGCAAGCCUCGAAUCUCCUGGCUGAAGUCGGGCAACGGCCAGAAACAUCGGCACCGGGAGAGCAGAGCUGGUGCGCAGCCGUCCGGAAGAGCCAGGCAGACGCUUCGGCCACGGAUGACCCCCUGAUCGCCCGUCUCUCCUCUUCCGGCCGUGUGGUUUUGACGGACCUCAGAGACACAGCCAACGCCCUGGCCACAGCUCAGUGUUGCCAACCCACACCCGUCCUCCAUGGCGCAGAUUUCCUCUCUGUCUCCUUUGCGCCACUCCUCAGGGGAUGUAUCUCUGUCUCAGGCUUCGACGGCACCGUUCGCAUCUACGACACGCGCCACUGGGACCCUUCGAUGCCGGAGGAAGCCAAGCCGCUGUUCCUCCACAAAGGGCACCUCUUGAGUGGCACCCACAACACGGAGACGCCACUUUGGGUGACAUCCCACUCCUGGCACCCCUCCAGGCCCCGGACUUUGCUCUCGGCCGCCAGCGAUGGGUCACUCCAUGCAUGGGACUGGGCAGACCCUCCCGUGGGGACUUAGCGGUUGUGGCUCUCCACUUUGCGGACAUUGCCUUGCAAGGUUAUAUCAUUACUAUGAGGGUUGAAUGAAAAGUAAUGCCUCCAC